AUGUCCCAGAAUGUCUCCCGUGUCAACAUGCAGCAAGGGCUAGGGUUUGGCUACUCAGCGUGGACUCCAGGCCCAGAUUCUGAUAAUGGCAACCAGGGCCCGGGAAUAUGGGAUCCUUACUAUGCUUUUCCUUUUGCCGCCGACUUCAUCGAUGGGGCAACCGACCUACAAGUGGUACCGAUCCUACAACAAGAGAAGCUUGUAGCAUAUGCAGGGUACGAGUCUGAGCGACUGUCUAAGCUAGUCAUCAUCAACCUGGAAGUCUGGAACACAACGAACUUUUCCCCUCGUCCUUCACGGGAGGUAAAGUUCCAGGUCCCCUCAAAUAUGGCAAAAGCCAAGGUUGAGAACUUGACGGCACCGGGGGCGGAUGUUGGAGAGGACAUCACUUGGGUGGGGACGAGUCGGACAUAUAAAUCAAUGGGUCUUCCGGCGCAGGUCAUUCAUGAUACAGAGAUAAUUUCUGCUGUUCACCAGAGCCUAGCUGUCAAUGUUCAGUAA